AUGCUGGGAUUUCUGAUUAGGUCUUUAUUAGAAUCAUCUGUUAAACCAAACCAUUCAUUUUUCUUUCUUACUUGCUUUCUUUCAGACUCAAACAAUAGUAGAGGAGACUCAGGGGAACCAGAACUCCAAAUUGUCCUUGUGGGGAAAACAGGGUCUGGGAAAAGUGCAACAGGAAAUACCCUUCUGGGAAGGAGAGAGUUUGAGUCCAAGUGUUCAGGAGGGUCAGUCACCAAGGUCUGCAAGAAAGCCAGAACCACAUGGAAUGGAAGGAACAUUUGUGUUAUUGAUACUCCAGGCAUUUUUGACACUGAUACCAAGGAAGAUAAAAACCUGAAUGAAAUUGCUCGUUUCAUGACAAUGUCCUCUCCAGGACCACAUGCUCUACUCCUGGUGUUGCAAGUGGGCCGUUUCACCAAGGAGGAAAAGGCAGCCAUUGAAUGCCUUUAUAAAAUUCUAGGAGCUGAAGCAGUGAAGUUUUUGAUCAUUGUAUUCACUGGAAAAGACAAACUAGGAAAAGAAAGCCUAGAGGAUUACUUAGGAACCAUUGAUGACUCUUAUUUCAGGGAAUUAUUGGAGAAGUGUGCCUAUCGAUGUUGUGCAUUUGACAAUAAUGCUAGUGGAGCCCAGAGAGAUGCCCAGAUUUCAGAGCUGAUGGCCAUGGUUGGAAACAUGGUGCAAGACAAUGGGGGCAGCCACUACACCAACAGUAUAUAUGAAUCUGUAGAAGCACUCUUGCAGAAAGAAACAGAAGUUCUUCAGCAACGCUACAAAGAGCAGUUUGAGAAGGCAAUAAAAGAAAUGAGAUGGAAUUAUGAAAAUCAAAUACGAGAGCUGGAAAAGCAAAAGCAAAAAUGGGAAAUGGAAAAGAAAAUGGAAGAAUUUGAAAAGAAAAUGCAAAAUUUGGAGUAUAAGAUGAAGCAAGAGUUUGAAGAAUUAAAGUGGAAUUAUCAGAAAUAUUAUUACUCUGCCCGAAACAAGACUGAGAAUAACAACAAUAUCCUUUUGGAAAUUUUCAAAAUUAUUUUUCCCAUUAUGGCAAUUUUUGUUCAACCUUUGCGUAAGUCCUGAUUGCCAGAAUCAUUUCAUAUUUAGUUUCCACCAUAUGUGAGGUUAAAUAAUGGAGGUCAUGUGAUUAAUCAACAAUAUAGAUAUUAAUUGAAUCCAAGUCCCUUGAUUACAAGUUUAAUGUCUUUCUAGGCCAUCACACUGCUUUCUAAAGAGCAAUCCUUUUUGGAAAAAUGUAUCAUGAUAUUUUGCAGUAGUAAAUAUAACUUCCUAAUUCUUAUGUUCAUUUUUUUAUAUUCUUAUAGGAACAAACACCUUAAAACAAUCAGGAGAAGGCAAAAACAUAAAACUUAUUGUGUACAAUUAGAUCUGUCUGAUCUCCAUUGUGUCCUUUUUUACUCCUGGAAAGGAUUUCCCCAUUUUAUUGGCAAUCACUCCCACCAUGGUCAUUUUUAAAGAAUCAGAUGAAAACUCAUCAUCUCUCCCUAAAUCUUCCCUAACUCCUUUUCUUUUCCACUCUGAUGAUGUCUGUUCUCUCCCUUUUAAACCACUUCUUAUAUGGGUUUUCCAGAUUGUAGGUCAUAUGUUGCAUUGUCAGGGUUUACAUUUUAUCUUACAAGCAUAAAUGUAUUCAUAAAUGUAUUGUAAAUUCCCCAUGUGACAUGUAAUGUAAAUUAGAUUAGGAUUUACUAAUCUAAGUCCUUUCUUUUAUCCUGAAGAUUUUCUGUUUUCAGGGACAUUCUCAGAUCUUCUUUAGAAACAAUCCUGCAGUUUUAUCAAUAAACCUAUUUCUUCCUUGUUGCAGUGGUCCUGAUUGACAGUUCAAAGUAUUAGAGCCCUUUAAUCUCAGAGGUGAAACAAAUGAGGUGGAGAGUAUAAAAUGAGCUUCGGUUUAUUAUGCUAUACAAGCCUUGUUGAUACACGUUUUUGCAAGUGUGAUCAGAGCAGGAACAGUAGGCAAUCCCCAAUUACCAUUCAGAUCAACAGCUUGUGGACUUUGCAUAUGCAUGGUAUCUGCCAAUGGGAGGAGAGUCAAUCCAGCCCUGUCAGCAACCUGCUCACAAAUGAAAGACCCUGUCAAGGCAUUUGUGCCAAAGAUGUAACUGUACUGUGACCCUCAGAUUGAUCCUUUUCACAUGUCGUACAUUACUUCUCCUUGCUCAACAAGGAUGUUUCUACAACGUAGCAGAAAACUUAUUGUGCACCAAAGGUUGAAGUGGCCUCUCUACUCCCUUUUGGCAAAGUCCCAUACCUUAUUAAUUCCCCUUUUUUAUCUUUUAGAUAAAAAGUCCUUUCUUGAGCUACAAUUUCUGAAAGGAUGGUGGAGAAAGAUCUAUAAAAACAUCCUAAUAUUACAGAACAAUAACAAUACAACAACCCACGGGGCAAUCUAUGAUUCUAAUUUUAACCACCAUGAAGAAGUACUGUCAAACUAAUGUAUGAUUUUUUUUCAGUACCUUUAUCUGGAUUCACAUCUUUAUGAGAAACUUUCUCUACAUCAGAUGUUAGUUUAUAUAAACUUUCUAUGUCACCUUCAAUUGUGCUAUUGAGAAAUAAACCAUUCAAAUGUCUCUUGAUACUGUUCCAAUUAUAA